AUUGAGCUGUCGAUGAUAUACCCUUUCUCCAGCGCAACAAUCGUCUUUGCCAACAACUUGCGCUUUGAGCCUUCUACCACAAAUCAUAUCACAAGUAAGCUUGUAUACAUGACGGACGCGUGGAUUGUUGCCUUCACAAGUGAGAUUUGCCCACGGCACAGUCCCACGUGC